CCUCGCCUUCUUCUCGUGAGGAAAAGGGAAAAAAAAAAAAGGAAGGGAGGCUCGAGCUUACCAAACCCUAGGUCUCGAUUCGGCCGGGAUCGCGGGCGCGGGCGCGGGCGGCGGGGGGAUGACGAUUCCGAGCGCCGAGGGGUUCCUGCAGGCGGCGAGCUGCCUGCCCUGCACGCCGGAGGAGGAGCGGGACCUCGUCGUCGCCCUCACCCGGGAGGCCGACGAGAAUGUCAAGGACGGCGAUCUCCGCUACCUCGUCUCGCACGCCUGGUGGAUUAACUGGCAACGCUACGUGGGCUUAAUCAAACCUGAGGAUGAUGAUGCUGACAUGCUUCCUCAAGCUCCAAGUAGACCAGGGGAUAUAGAUAACUCAAAGCUUUUGGAGGAAAGCAGCAGUGAUGGUGAUGAGCCAGAGCUUCAGAGAACCCUGAGAGAAGGAGAGGACUACGAUUUGGUGCCCCAAGAAGUAUGGAGGAAGCUACAUGAAUGGUACAAUGGUGGACCAGAACUCUCAAGAAAAGUAAUCUGUAGUAGUCCAAUUUCCAAAAGUUACAUUGUGGAUGUCUAUCCCCUCCGUCUAAAAUUAUUUAAUGAAAGAGACAGCUUGGAGAAGGUUAUCAGAAUAAGUAGAAAGGACAAAGUUCAUGAACUCUAUAGAUUGGUUUGCUCACUCAUGUCUGUUGAACAGUCUAAGAUCGAAAUCUGGGAUUAUUAUCAAAAGAUAAAGAACAAAAAACUGAUCAAUCUUAAUGAGACGGUUGAAGAAGCUCAACUGAUUAUGGACCAGGAGAUUAUUGCGGAGGUGAAGCCAGAUGAUGCUUGUUGUUCAGAUCUUGAUACAAGAUCAAAUAAUGAACUAGCAUUAAUUCCUUUGGAACCCUCAACAUCAUCACUUUCAAUUGCUGGAGGUCCUACAUUUUCAAAUGGGUUUUCACCUGGAUUUGGUUCUAGUUUUUCCCAAGAUAACAGCUAUCCUUUAUUAAGGGAUACAGAAGAUGGGUAUAGUAGUUUCUCCAAUGGAUCAAAGGAUGAUAUCCAUGGAUUAAGUGGGUUACAUAACUUGGGAAAUACAUGUUUCAUGAACAGCGCCAUACAAUCCUUGGUUCAUACGCCUCCAUUGGUGGAGUACUUUUUGCAGGAUUACAGUCGGGAGAUAAAUACUGAAAAUCCACUUGGUUUACAGGGUGAACUUGCAAUUGCAUUUGGAGAAUUACUGAGAAAACUUUGGUCAGCUGGUCGAACUUCUGUAGCUCCACGUGCAUUCAAGACAAAACUUUCUCGUUUUGCCCCUCAGUUCAGUGGAUAUAAUCAGCAUGAUUCUCAGGAGCUGCUUGCAUUUCUUUUGGAUGGUUUGCACGAAGAUCUGAACCGUGUGAAAAAGAAACCAUAUAUUGAAGCAAAGGAUGCUGAUGGCCGUCCAGAUGAAGAACUUGCUGAAGAAUGUUGGAAUUACCAUAAAGCUCGAAAUGAUUCUAUAAUUGUUGAUAAAUUCCAGGGACAAUACAAGUCCACGUUGGUUUGUCCUGAUUGUGACAAAAUCUCGGUUACAUUUGACCCAUUCAUGUACUUGUCACUACCACUACCCUCAACAGUUACUCGCAUGAUGAAUGUAACUAUAUUUAGUGGUACUGGGGAUACCCUUCCCAUGCCUUACACUGUGAAAGUACAAAAGAAUGGAGUUUGUGGAGAUCUUAUAAAAUCCCUGAGUGCUAUGUGUUGCUUACAAAGUUCUGAGACGCUGUUGCUUGCAGAGGUAUAUGAUCAUCGGAUUUACCGUUAUUGGAAUCCAUCAGAGCCACUUUAUCAUAUAAAGGAUGAAGAUAAACUUGUUGCUUACAGGCUACCGGCUGGCUCUGAAAAUCUCUUGAGGGUAGAGAUCCUGCAUCGGGUGGUUGAUAGAUAUACUUCAGAGUCUAUGUUCAAUCUUACUCGGAAGCUCAUUGGAAGCCCUCUUGUGACUUGUAUUCCAAAUGAGGCUACGAGAAAAGCUGACAUUUAUGCAACUGCCUCUGCACUUCUGGCUCCAUUUGUACGAACAAAAGUACAUACUCUGGAUGAGUCGGCAACCAAGUUAAAUAGCAAUGGGCCUAGCCUGGAUGGUAUUGUACUGACAGACAAUGGUGUGACCCAUGCGGAAGAAGUCUCUACAUCAAAUGUGGAUGAGGAAGCGGCUGAUGAAGAUCUUUUGCCAUUCCAACUUUGGCUGACCGAUGAAAAAGCUAAUAAGAAGGAUCCUAUAGAUGCAGAUUCUAAUGGUGCUCCUGGGUUGACCAUGAAAUUAUUAAUGGACUGGUCUGAUAGAGAACAUGAAGUAUAUGACAUUAAGUACAUGGAUGAACUCCCUGUGGUCUUCAGGCCUGGAUUUAUGUCAAAGAAAAAUCGGCAAGAAGCGGUCAAUUUAUUUUCAUGCUUAGACGCUUUUCUAAAGGAUGAACCUCUGGGCCCUGAUGACAUGUGGUAUUGUCCAAGGUGCAAGGAGCACAAACAAGCCAGCAAAAAGCUUGACUUAUGGAGGUUGCCUGAGAUAUUGGUAGUUCACUUGAAAAGGUUCUCAUACAGCCGUUUUAUGAAGAACAAGCUUGAUACAUUCGUCAACUUUCCGAUCCAUGAUCUUGACAUGAGCAGAUAUGCAAAUCACUCAUCAAGAAGUGAUCAACCGCCAAUUUAUGAACUCUAUGCAGUGAUCAAUCAUUAUGGUGGUAUGGGUGGUGGUCACUACUCUGCAUAUGCAAAGUUAGUAGAAGAGGACAGUUGGUACCAUUUUGAUGAUAGCCAUGUCUCCUCUGUUGGUGAAGAGGAGAUCAGGACAUCAUCAGCUUAUCUCCUCUUCUAUCGGCGAGUUGGUAGCAGUUCACCCUUCAGAAAUGCUACAGUUGACACUGUUAUGGUUGAUUCGCUGGACUGAAGACCAAAAUUCGGUAUGGUAUAUGGUUUUGUGGCCAAUACAUAUGCUGCUGAGAAGAUUGCUAGGACUUUGAUUUGCUGGUUUUGGGCACUGAGUAUUGGUGCAUGGUAGGUCCAUCCAAACAACCGUGGAGGUUUCGGAGGGUGCAGCAUCUAGUUAGCAUCAUCAAUAUGUUACAACCAUUCUCUAGCAGAUUAGGGGGGGCCUCCAAUAUCUCCUGUCUCGCCUUUUGGCGAAUCUUUGAAAUGUUGCGGUCUACCGGUUGCGAAAACCUAAUUUUGCCGAUGUGCUGAUGUACAGCAGCAGGUCUUGUUAAAUUACAUGCCCUCGUUAUUGGUGUGCAUGGGUGGGUGGUGGAAAAUCAGUUGUGCAACUAGCUGCAUCAAAACCAGAGGAAAGUCAAUGUGCUGCAUUUUUGCUUUGCCAAACUAUAUCUGCUCCAAUGUUCUUAUUUUACUCUAAUCAUGCCUGCUAAGGCCAGGUCUUCACUGUACUAUGCUGAGCACAUGUAUCGUGAUGUAAGCAAACAAUUAUCUGAAUUGCCUGCUUAGCUAUCAAAACGAUCUCGUAUCUGGAUUCAA